AUGGUACCCUGGGAGAAGAUUACGAAAUUGAUCGGCGGCCGCGGCGUGGCUGAGAAGAGCGAGCAGAAGAAGCUGGAAAAGCAAUACGAAGAUGCUCCAAAGGCGCUCAAGCAGCUAACAGAGGUUACCAAAGAACCACCCGCAGAAUACCCCAGUCGGCCUCUCUCGAUCUACAGUGCACCUCUCUCCGACCGUCACAACCCGCGUGAGAGGUCUCUUCUGUCUGCACAAAGACCGAACUACGAACGAUCAGUCUCAAGUCCAGCAGCCCCUGCCAUCCUAACACAAAGGACGCCUACGGGUCCUCCUGACAUCACGGCUGGAGAUCUGAGCACAGAGGAGUUGAAAAGAAAUUACAGUUGUGACAGCAUCUGGAAUUUCAAAAGUCAGCCAUUACCGCCGAUGCCGCGAAUGACUGGGUUUGGAAGAUAUCGAAGGGCGGCCAAUGCAUCAGCAGAAUGGCAACUAGAACAUGUUCACCGACAUCUUCAUGACGUGAGAGGAGUGAUAGUCAACCAUCUAGGCGAUUGUCCACCUGCAGGCCUGGACCUCGAAACCUGGCGUGAGUACAGGGCUCAACACCCUCGAACGAGCAGUUUUGGAAGUUCUUACAGUUCUGAUUCCGGACCUUUCCAUACGGGAGCAACAGAAUACAUUGACCUGAAUACUGGUACUCGGGUUAGUCGAGGAUUCGGUGCCUCCGCUACGUCGAGCGUUACAAGUUCUUUCAAUGACGGAUCAGGCCAUUACCGCCGCGAUUCGACGUUGUCUAAGACGAGCAUGGCCAGCCCCAGCAGUGAGGGGGAUGCGAAGCUCAGUCGCAGAUCAAGUCGAACAUCACCACAUCGUCAUACAAGCUCAACAUCUAUAAGUCAUCUGACUGCCAUCAGGGAAAUGCAGGAGACGCAGACGAAUCCUCCACGUAAAGUGGCCCGGCCAUGUGAUUUCGAUGAGAAUAGAAACCACGAGAAUGCGUUGGCUUCCGAUGAAGAUGACGAAUUUGACUGGUCUGAUAUGCUUGAAGUGGGUGGAGGCAAUGUUAGCAAUCUCACCAAAGGACUUGAACGAAGGCCAUCUUCCAAGGGUGUUCCGAAUGCGAGACCUGCGCUGACUCGACUGCGCACAAACCCUCAAGAGAGACCAAAGUCACUAUAUGGAAAGAAGACGGUUUCGUGCCGGUCAAAACCUGUCAAAAUGGCACCCCGAACUGACCGGCACCGUGUCCGAUUACAUAAGAGACCAACAGAGGGCACAAGAACCGCCUCUCAAGAAUCAAAAAAGACACAAAAGGAGUCACACUCGCCAGUCGAGACUUGCCAGACUCAACCAAAUACAAUGCAAGAAGCUUGA